AUGGAGAGAUCUUCCCGGAUUCUUGUGGGAUGCACCGGAAGUGUGGCAACGAUAAAACUCCCCCAACUUGUACAGAAACUCACAGAAGCCAUCCCCGGUGUGGAGAUUCAAGUAGUUGUCACGGAAGCAGCAAAGAAUUUCUUUUCUCCUCAAGAUCUUGGCCAGGAUGUCCGUUUGCACACAGAUGCCGAUGAAUGGGCUGCAUGGAAGCAACGUGGAGACCCUGUGUUACACAUAGAGCUGGCAAAAUGGGCAGAUCUCAUCAUUCUUGCGCCCCUGGAUGCAAACACAUUGGCAAAGAUUGCUUCCGGAUUGUGUGACAAUCUUCUGCUUUGCAUCCUCCGGGCAUGGGAUGCCGGAAAACCAUUCCUCUUCUGUCCAGCCAUGAAUACAAAGAUGUGGCAGCACCCUGUAACAGCGCAGCACAUUGCCCAGCUCAAAGCAUGGGGCUACCAUGAAAUUCCCUGCAUUGAGAAGACUCUCAUGUGUGGGGAUAAAGGCCCCGGAGCAAUGGCAGAAGUGGACACCAUUGUCCAUUGUAUCCGGCAGCAUUUAAACAAAGACAAUUAACGGAUUCCGGGAGAAGAUUUUUCAGCAGAAAGGGAAUUUUUUGUAGAAAAUUUGAAUAAAAGAUUCGUUUUUUAGAGA